CAAAGAAAGACAGACAGAGAGGAUACAGGAGCCGUGUUAGAAACAACGGAGGGAAACGUCCAAAACCAGCGGACACGGAAAAAUGGCCAUAGGACAGCUUAAUCACAAUACUGGCGGCACAGCAUUAGCUUAGCGGCAAAGUUUUCCCAAAAGGAAGUUAGCGCAAAUUAGACUGUGAGGCUGGAUGUGUGAUCAUGGAGACCAGAGGUGAUGAUGAGGUUGCAGAUGGCCAAAAUAUUCAGGCAACUAACGCUAACGCAUGUCCCUACGAGUCCAGAGAUGAGACGUCCAAUGAGAACAUGGAUGUGGAUGAAGAGGGUUUGUUCAAACACUCCACAACUCUGACCAACAAACAGCGUGGGAAUGAGAUUACAGUUCGCCCAGCAACAUUAGACUCUCUGUCUAUCCACCAGCUGGCAGCUCAGGGCGAGGUUUCACAAGUGGCUGCACAUCUGAGUAAAGACAGUUCAUUGCUCAGCAAACAGGAUGAACGGGGCUUUACACCUCUAAUGUGGGCAGCAGCGUUUGGAGAGAAAGCAAUGGUGGAUUUUCUCUUGGAAAAGGGUGCAGACCCCAAAACAAUCGCGAGGGAGCGAGAGAGUGCCCUGACACUGGCCAGCUCUGGAGGUUAUGUGGACAUUGUCGAGUCUCUUCUCAGACAUGGAGUAGACAUUAACACUUACGACUGGAAUGGUGGAACUCCUCUUCUUUAUGCUGUACGAGGGAACCACAUCAAAUGUGUAGAGGCACUCUUAGCCAAAGGAGCAGACAUGACCAUUGAGUCUGAUUCUGGGUACAGCCCAAUGGCCUUAGCUGUUGCCCUUGGACACAAAAAGAUUCAGAAAGUGUUGGAGGACCAUAUUCUGAAACUCUACAAGCCAACACCAACGUCGACAUGACACUAGUUAAAAUAAAUAAAUGGAAGGGACAGCCUGACACAGAUAAUCUCAGAUCUACAUCCAGUUGUCAUUUGUAGAUGACUAAAAUGCCUGUUAUAAUUACAAGUCAUUGUAAUAGAUCAAUACAUAUGCAGAGACAUUUACACUGAGUAAACUGCAUUUGUUAAUUUAUAAAUAGUUUAUUCCAUAUAUGUGCAUUCCCUUUUAUGUAGCAGAAUUAUUUUUUGUUUGGUUGGUGGACAGCAAAAAAAGACUGUAAACAAGUUUUAAUAAAAAUGUAUUUUUA